AUGUUGAAAGAAGAAGCGCAAAUGAAUUGGAAAUACAAUGUCUUUGUUAGCAUAGCAAAUUGGGCUUUACUUGCAGGAUAUCUGGUAAUCCAGGGAACAUUUACUUCGCUGAAAGAAUCAAACCAGGUGGAGGAAGUGCUGAAAAAGAAUACUGCUGGACGAGCUGUAUUAAGCACUAUUCAAAAUCCUCCCUUGCUCGUCAUUGCCUGCUUAUUUCUUGUCGGUGGAGCCGCUGCAUUGAUCGUGCUUUUCCGAACACUCGAAAGCAAUUAUUCGUGGCUAGUGAACAAGAUCUUCAUGCCUGCCGCAUUAAAUGCAGCCGCUGGGCUUCUCGCCACGCUUGUCAACGUUUACACUUCCCAAUCAGGUCACUGGUCUGUAAUGGCCAUUGUUACAGCCGUGGUGACCAGUCUUCUCUUGUUUGUAUUUUCAUUAUUGCUUGCAUAUUAUAAGUUUAUCAAGUUGAGGAGAGUCAUACUAGAAGAUGAAGAGGAACUUGAAAAUCAGGGUCCUGUGCGAGAACCAGUGCUUAUGCUCUUUCCGGUGAACACCAAUGGAACAGAACAAUCCACUGACAGAUCGAGUGCCAUUAAAGUGAAAUCACUUGGUAGCAUCGACUGUGGUAAGUCCAAGGAGAAAGAAAACAUGUGUUAA